CAAUACAGGCAGGGCAUAUGUUUGUUUAAUUAUCGCCAGCUAAAUACGGAAUCCAUUUUGGCAGACGUUGGACAAAUCUGUACCAUUUCAGUUUAAUCCUAAGCUUUGUACUCAGACGACAUGGUGCAAAACUAGGUUAAGAAAAUCUCAUCAUGGACGGGGAGCAACGACGAAAAGUUGUAAAAAUUCUGGUGAAGGAUGACACCCUUGUUCAAAAGUGGCCACUCGUUUUUAAACAUCUAACAAAUAAUACAGCCUUUGUAGGUCAGCUAGAAAGGAGAAGCCACGUAAACACAUAUUUGGAUUCGAUUUUUGACGAAGUUAUCCAAUUCUGGGUUUCUAAGAAUGGCUCAAUAGCAACAUUGUCGGCUCUGGCUGAAUUCUUCAGGACAGAGGAUCUCUUUCAGUUGGCUGAAACCUUAGAAUGUACCAUCCUGACAAGUGCAAGCCAACCUGGUUCAAUCGAAUGGAUCGGAGUGAAGGAGGAUCGUGCAGAACUAUUUGGAAGAAGGGUGGAAAUGGAAACAUGUCGCGACUACUACACUGACUACAAAGCUGACUAUGAAGGAAUCGUUUCCGUAGUAACAGGUCCAGGAGGUGUAGGGAAAACAAAACUGGUUACCAACUUUCUUUCCAUGGAUACCAUAUUCAAAAAAGUAAACUGCAUGUGGCUCAACUGUAAAUCUAACGAUUGUUUCUUGAAUUCUUUGAAACUUUGUGAAACAAUGCUGAAGAUGCGUGUCGAACCUAAGAAGGAUAGUUUCGAAAGAUUCAAAGAUAUAUGGAACGAGAUCAAUCACGGGAAACAAAUACAUAAUGAAUUCAUCUUAGUGCUAGACGGCUUAGAACAUAUACAUGCGACAUUUCGCAGCAUUGUUAUGUUUGCCAAUAUCGUUCGAAUAUUUACAAUUAUUACUUCAAAAAAUGAAAGGAUAUAUGAUACGUUUAACUUACUUAGAAUUGGUUUAUUGAGUACUCCAGAUGCUGAGAAAUAUGUGGAGUCGACAUUUAAGAAAAUGACCAAGCAAGAUAGUCAAGUCCCUCCGUUAGCAGAGAUUAAGCUCCUAUGCGAGACAAUGUGUUGUUUCCCACUAGCCUUGCAGCAAGCAGUGACCACCAUAAUUAUAAAACAGAAAAGAAAUAGUUUACGGGAAAAGUAUGGGAUACAGGAAUUUUUGAAUAGCUGGGACGAGAAAGGACUUAAAUUGUUUGAGAAGCCAGCGUCAAAAGUAGGAUUGACGGAUGAAGACGUUUUGCAAUGCAUGAACGCAUCAAUAUCACAAAUCAAACAUGUCAGUCAGGAUAUUAGCAGCCAUCCCAGUCCGUACGAGAUACUCGUCAUCAUUUCAUGGCUUCACUGUAAUAAUAUAUUAAUUAGUUUUCUGUUGAAAGUGUUACGUAACUUUUACGAAUUUGAAGAAAAAGUAUUUCGAAAAAAUUUAAAAGUUUUGUUCAAGUAUUCACUACCUGAGUCAAAUGGGGUGCUAAGUGUACUACCAUUGCCCCAACUAUCAGUUCCACGGUCUGAUACAUGGCAGAACCAUGAUGUAGAUUUGAUGCAGAGAAAUAUGGCAAGAUUUUUGCAGAAUGUGGAUAUUGACAAAGCAGAUGAAUUUGAGAUACGCCAUUUAGAAUCAAUUUGGCGAUUAGGAAUAGAAUAUUUUUACAAUCAAGUCCAUCUUGAUGGGAAAGCACAAGAAAUUUUUGAGCGUUUAAAAUUUUUGUCCUUGUUCCAAAUCGCAUUGUACUUUGCACAACAUUGUGAGUCCUUUUUAAAGUCGGCCAAAGGAAUUAAUAAUUUGCAAAGUUUGGAAAUGAUAGAAAAUAAGGCGUCUGUCAUGCUGAGUAUGGGAGAUAUUAAAGUUGCUAUGGAAAUUUUGGAAAAAGUAUUGAUCGCACGGCUAGCCGAGAGGGGGAAGGAUGCUAGAUAUUAUGAUACUUUACAUCUCCUCGGAGUGGGGUACGGGCUUUCAAAAAAUUAUGAGAAAGCCCUCAGUCUAUACGAAGAGGUAUGCAAGGCUCGUUCUUCCGAUCCAGAGUUAGGAUUUAACCACGAUAAAACCCUACUGACGAGACGUAACAUAGCCAUCGUAUUAAAGAGAUUGGGUGAUUUUGAUCGCUCGGAUAAAAUCCUCAUAGAAAUUUUAGCAGCUAGAAAGAACAUGCCCAAAACGUACGAGUCUGAUUCACUCUUUGUGAAAUAUCUUAUGGUUAUGCAUAGCCUUGGACAUAAUGAAUUUGAGCAAAAGUUACAUGUCAAAGCGUUUUCUCGGUUCGACGAAGUCUUACGCCUUGCGGACGACAGAGAAAUUUGUGUCAACAAGAAUGACUUACUGCUAUCGACCAGGUAUAUGAUCGGCAGAAGCUUGGAAGCUCUUAGAAAAAAUGAGGAUGCCAUUGAAGAGUUAAAGGAAACGUUAGCGUGCCAAUCAGCAAUCUUGCCAGUGGGUCAUGUGGAUGUGGAAAAGACAAAAUAUAAAAUUUAUGAGCUGGAGAAGCAAAACCGGGAUUGUGUUCAAGUCCACCAGCCUUCAAAAGCAGAGAACCAGUUUCGUGAUUAUUCAAUCAGAGCAUUGAAAGGAUUUUUGUCCUUAUUUUUUAAGGAAUCAAAAUGUUAUGAAAGUAUGAUUCAUCAUGUCUAGGGUAAACAGUGUUUGGUUUAGUUUUAUAUGUCGAUAUAUGAUUAAUGGUUUUCCAGAUACUUUAUGAUAAGUGCGACACAUUAGAGUUCGAAAAAGAGUUUUGUAUUAGAUUAAAAUUAUGUUAUUUUAGCUAGAGUAGUAUAGAUCCGAUUCUUGUAAACGUAUCUAUAUUAAAUACAAGAAUAAUUAGGUAAUCAUAUUUUAGUUAGUAACUUAAAUAAUUAUAUAUAUUUGCCAAUUCAUCAUGUGAGCAAUGAUGUGGAAAAGGAAGGAAGAUAAUUUUCUAAUAAAAUUAGUUUCUUUCAUUUAAAAUUCCAAAA